GCCAGGUAGAAGCAGAUGAAGGUAUUAGAAAAAGGAGAGAAAAAAGUUGGAAGAAAGAAAAUGGUUCUGCUAGACAAGAUUUGGGAUGAUGUUGUUGCAGGUCCUCAACCUGAACGUGGCCUCGGCAGGCUUAGAAAGUUAGCCACCCCCUUGAACAUCAAAGAUGGUGAACUUGGGGAGGGGAGCAAGUACCAGAGGUCGAUGUCGAUGCCGGCGAGUCCAGGGACGCCGUCAACACCGGUGACACCAACAACACCGGCAUCGGCUCGUAAGGACAACGUGUGGAGGAGUGUUUUCCACCCUGGGAGCAACCUUGCCACCAAGGGCAUCGGUUCUGAUAUCUUUGACAAGCCACAGCCCAACUCUCCUACUGUUUAUGAUUGCAACCAAAAGGAGGCUAACCGUAACAGGUGGAAGGAGGAAAACCUGGCUCUCUGUUUCAUAGGCGCGUGGAAAUGAACCAUUUUAGUGACUUGGGUAAACAAAAUCAUGCUCAUGCAUGGGCUCUACAGUGGGGAGACGAGGAGCAAGCAUCAUCGCUGAAGUGGAUAGACAGACUGACUGAGUGACUGAUGAUAGCAUGUAAAUAGCGUUCCUUUUGCAACGUGUCCUUGUCGUUUUGAUGUUCUUGUGGCAACGUGUCUUUCUUUGAUUUGCAAACCGAGGGUUGAUGUAUGCUUUGUUUUUGGUACUGGCACGGUUUAUUCGAUCUUUAUGAAGGCGAAGAUCUGCCGUGUGCGGUGGUGUGAUUAGCCUC